AUGUUUUUUGUUAAGGACUUUGUUCAUAAAAUACACUUAAGUCCUAGUUAUCUCGGUCCUCAAAUACAGUCAUUAAUCAAGGAUUAUCUUUAUAAGACAAUUGAAGGAUCUUGUACCGAUAGUGGUUACGUAAUUUCGGUUUUGGAUAUUAAUAAUGUAAGUGAGGGUAUUAUUAGUUUUAAUGGGUUAACAACAUUUACCAUUAAGUACAAAGCUCUUGUAUUAAAGCCCUACAAAGGUGAGGUAGUAGAGGCUUCCGUUGUCGAAAUGAAUAAAAUGGGAAUUUUAGCCUCUGUUGGACCCUUAACCAUUUUUGUUUCGAACCAUCAAAUUCCUCCAGAUAUACAAGACAGUGGUCUGGUUAAAGAGGCAGUCGUCAGGCUAAAAAUCAUUGGAACAAAAAUUGAUUCUUCCAAAAUAUAUGCCGUUGGAACACUUAACGAUGAAUAUCUGGGAAUCAUAUCAUAG